CUUUUCCAAAGCCUAAACCAAAUCCAACUUUUAUCAAAAUAAUUUCUUAGUCUCCAAGUUUUGAUAAUUUUUUUUUUGUUUUGAGGGUUUUUCCAUCUCUGAAAUCUCUCAAACUCUCAAAGGCCAUCUCUCUCUUCUGUUCCACUCACUCUGUUUCUUUUGCAUUCGCAAGAAAACUCAUCGUCAAUGGCGUUUACCAGAGGAGAAGAGGUCGAAGUCUGCAGCAAAGAGGAUGGGUUUCUUGGUUCAUACUACGCAGCUACCAUCGUCUCCCGUCUCGAUAACGGCAUGUACAUCGUGAAGUACAAAGAUCUGUUGGAGAACGAUGAAUCUAGACCGUUGGUCGAGACGGUGUUCAAGCACGAGGUCAGGCCGGUGCCGCCGGAGAUCGUGUCCGCCGCCGCUUUCGCAUACCUUGACAAGGUGGAUGCUUUCGCCAACGACGGUUGGUGGGUCGGAAAGAUUACUGCCAAACAAGGGUCCGACUACUAUGUCUACUUCGAAACCACAGGGGAUGAGAUUGCUUACCCUGUUUCUCAUUUGAGGUUUCAUCUUGAUUGGCGCUUUGGCAAGUGGAUUUCUUCCAAGAAAUCUCUACUUCUCCGAUCAUCUGCUUCGCCUUCUUCUUGAAUUCUGGAUCUUUUUACUUGUUUAUUUCUACAAUCAAACCAAGAAAGUUUGGUUUUUAACUUUUUUUUUUUUUUUUUUUUUGGGUUAUGUUUAAGUUGCCGUACUUUAAUACGUUGAAAAUACCUUUUUUGUACUUUUAAUCAUAGUAAUAUUAAAUGUAGUUAUAUGUAGUUAUAUUAUUAUCCAUGACCAAAUUGAAUUCAUCUUGAUUUACUGAUGGUUUUA